AAGACGACCGCUGGCAGCACACGCAACAGCAUUCUGAUUUAUCAAAUAUAACAACUUCUCUGGAAUUGGGAGAUACUAUUUCUCUCCGAAGUGAAUUUAAAAUGGAUGAAAUGGAAGAAGAAUUAAAAUGUCCUGUCUGCGGAUCUUUUUUCCGGGAGCCGAUCCUUCUACCGUGCUCCCACAACAUUUGCCUGGCUUGCGCUCGGAAUAUCCUAGUACAGACACCAGACGCCGAAUCUCCACAGAGUAGCCGUGCGUCUGGCUCGGGGCUAUCUGAUUAUGACUAUCUAGACCUGGAUAAGAUGAGCUUGUACAGCGAGGCGGACAGUGGAUACGGCUCCUAUGGUGGAUUCGUAAGUGCCCCGACCACCCCUUGCCAGAAAUCCCCAAAUGGUGUGCGUGUAUUCCCCCCUGCCGUCCCCCAACCUCCUGCUCAGCACCACUUACUAGGACACCAGGGCUCUCUACCCCCUAUCCCCCGGAACUCCUGCAUCACCUGCCCGCAAUGCCAUCGCAGCCUCAACCUGGACGAAAGGGGGCUCCGCGGGUUUGCCAAGAACCGCGUGCUGGAAGGGGUUGUGGACCGGUACCAGCAGAGCAAAGCAGCCGCCCUCAAGUGUCAGCUCUGCGAGAAGAGUCCCAAAGAGGCCACUGUGAUGUGCGAGCAAUGUGACGUGUUCUACUGUGACCCUUGUCGCUUGAGGUGCCACCCCCCUCGAGGUCCGCUAGCCAAGCAUCGCCUCGUACCCCCGGCGCACGGCCGGGUAAGCCAUCGGACAAGUCCCCGGAAGAUCUCUACCUGUACAGAGCACGAACUGGAGAACCUGAGCAUGUACUGUGUUCAGUGCAAGAUGCCGGUGUGUUACCAGUGUCUAGAGGAAGGGAAGCACGGGACACAUGAAGUCAAGGCUCUGGGAGCUAUGUGGAAACUACACAAGGGCCAGCUGUCCCAGGCCCUCAACAUCCUGUCUGACAGAGCUACCGAGGCCAAGGAGUUCCUGGUUCAGCUGAGGAACAUGGUGCAGCACAUCCAGCCCGCUGAUGGUCCAGGGAGACCCUUACUAGUGACAUCAGGGUGGGGAACACUGAAGGAGAACGGUGUGGAGUUCGAAGCCUGUCUGGUGGCGCAGUGUGACGCCCUCAUCGAUGCCCUGAACCGACGCAAGGCCCAGCUGCUGACCCGCGUCAACAAGGAGCAUGAGCACAAGCUGAAGGUGGUGAGGGAUCAAAUAUCUCAUUGUACAGUGAAGCUGCGCCAGACAACAGGCCUGAUGGAAUACUGUGUGGAGGUCAUCAAGGAGAACGACCCCAGCGGGUUCCUACAGAUCUCAGACGCCCUGAUCAGGAGGGUGCACAUGACGGAGGGCCAGUGGGGGAAGGGAACCCUGACCCCCAGGAUGACCAGUGACUUUGACCUGACCCUGGACAGCGGACCCCUGUUACAGACCAUCCACCAACUAGACUUCGUACAGAUGAAAGUCCCAGCAGCCCCCAUGCUCCAGCUGGAGGAGUGCUGCACCAUCAACAACAGCGCCACGUUGUCAUGGAAACAGCCACCUCUCUCCACCAUCGCCGUGGAUGGAUACAUCCUGGAGCUGGACGACGGCAACGGGGGACAGUACAGGGAAGUGUACGUGGGGACGGAGACGAUCUGCACGGUGGAUGGACUCCACUACAACAGCACCUACAUGUCCAGGGUCAAAGCCUUCAACGCCAGCGGGGUGGGACAGUACAGCAAGAUACUGGCCAUGCAGACCUCCGAGACUGGACAAUCUCCAUGUGAUAUGCAAAUACUGGCCACAGUUGCCUGGUUCACCUUUGACCCCGCGUCAGCCCACCCUGACAUCAUCCUCUCCAACGACAACCUGACAGUGACGUGCAACAGCUACGAUGACAGGGUGGUCAUGGGUAAUUCAGGCUUCUCCCGCGGUGUGCACUACUGGGAGAUCACGGUGGAUCGCUACGACAACCACCCGGACCCUGCGUUUGGGGUUGCCCGCGGCGACGUGCUGAAGGACGUGAUGCUGGGGAAAGACGACAGGGCCUGGGCCAUGUACGUGGACAACAACCGCUCCUGGUUCAUGCACAACAACUCACACACCAACAGGACGGACGGGGGCGUCAGUAAAGGGGCUACAGUAGGAGUGUUGUUAGACUUCACCAGAAGGGUCCUCAUCUUCCUCAUCAACGACGAACAGCAGGGUCCUGUGGCCUUCGAAGGCAUCGAGGGGCUCUACUACCCUGCUAUCAGCCUCAACCGAAACGUACAGGUGACCCUGCACACCGGCCUGCCCAUUCCUGACUUCUACACUCCAGGGGAAGCAGACCUGUCUGGCUCAGUGUGUUAAGGAGUUGACUCAGCACUGCAGUGAAGCAAGACAAUACAAAGGGCUAUGUCCCAAAUGGCACACUAUAGCGCACCCUAUUCCCUUCAUAGUGCACAGGGCUCAUAGAGCUCUGGUCAAACGUAGUUCACUAUAUAGGGAAUAGGGUGCCAUUUGGGACUCAGAGAAUGGCAACAAGCUGCUCACCUUCUGGGCUCUCUAAGUGUGGAUCCCAAAUGGCACCCUAUUCCCUGUAUAGUGCACUGCUCUUAGCUAGACUCAUGCUAAAACGUAGUCUGCUGUAUAAGGAAUAGGGUUCCGUUUAGUGCUCGUUCAACUCACAGCCAUGUACACAACACCACAUCCCUAUUCCCUAGCUUCUAUAGACCAACCAGGCCCAUUGUCAGGCGUCAGACAGCGCAACCGUCGCCUGUUGAUCGCAGGACCAGCGUUGGGUUGGAGUGACGUCAGUGUCUGACGCAAGACAAUGCUCCUGCCCUCUACAGACCACUGGACGGUCCGGACCCAUAGGCUUGACUGUACAGUACAAGAUACUCUCAAUACCCAGCCAUACAGUUACUGUACAAACUUACUGAGCCAUCAACACCCAACUCUCAAUACCCAGCCAUACAGUUACUGUACAAACUUACUGAGCCAUCAACACUCAACUCUCAAUACCCAGCCAUACAGUUACUGUACAAACUUACUGAGCCAUCAACACCCAACUCUCAAUACCCAGCCAUACAGUUACUGUACAAACUUACUGAGCCAUCAACACCCAACUCUCAAUACCCAGCCAUACAGUUACUGUACAAACUUACUGAGCCAUCAACACCCAACUCUCAAUACCCAGCCAUACAGUUACUGUACAAACUUACUGAGCCAUCAACACCCAACUCUCAAUACCCAGCCAUACAGUUACUGUACAAACUUACUGAGCCAUCAACACCCAACUCUCAACUGAAAUGGAACUCUGAUUUGGCUUAAUUAUUAUGAUUGUUUGAAAAGUGAACUAGAUUCAUCCAUCUAACCAAUCCAAGAAGACUACUUACUGCUCAUCACCAGACUCUAGAACCCCUCUAGACUCUAGAAUCCUGCCCUGUUAGUUCUGGUUCUAGAUCUCUGAAGAAGACAACAUAUUAUGUCAUCAUAGAACCUUUAACUUUAGACA